AUGGCCGUGGCGGCGGCCUUCCCCUCCGGCGCCCUCCUCCCCACCACCCCUGGUACCCACCUCGCCCCGUUCACUCUGCGCUUCCCCUUCCACCUCCGCCCACGGUGCGCCGCCUUGGCCGCCGCCACACUCCGCGAGGUCUGUGCUGGCCGCGUCCCGGACCACGUCCUACAGAGGGCUGAGGAGGUUGGCUAUGUCGUUCCUACCGAGGUGCAGGAGCAAUCCCUGCCGCUUCUGCUGUCCGGCCAGGAUUGCAUUCUCCACGCGCAGACAGGCUCCGGGAAGACGCUGGCCUACCUCCUGUCCGUCUUCUCCGCCAUCGACUUCAGCAGGUCCUCAGUGCAAGCACUGGUGGUCGUCCCCACAAGGGAGCUCGGCAUGCAGGUUACCAAGGUUGCUAGACUACUCGCAGCCAAGGCCUGCACCGUCAUGGCUUUGCUUGACGGUGGUAUGCUCAAGAGGCAAAAGAGCUGGGUCAAGGCAGAGCCCCCCGCAAUAAUUGUAGCUACUGUGGCAAGCUUGUGCCAAAUGGUCGAGAGGCGCGCAUUCAGCCUUCAAUCCAUGAGAGUGUUAGUUAUCGAUGAGGUUGAUUUUAUUUUUGGGUCAUCAAAGCAAGUCAGCGCUCUUCGCAAAAUAUUAACCUCUUAUUCAGCAGCUUCGAGUCGUCAAACCAUAUUUGCAAGCGCAUCGAUCCCUCAGCACAAUCGCUUUCUGCACAACUGUGUACAGCAUAAAUGGACCAAGAGUGAUGUGGUUCAUGUUCAUGUCCACCCUGUACAGCCCAUGCCUUCGCACCUGUGUCACAAAUAUGUGAUCUGCACCAAGAAGGAAAGGUUGCAUGUUUUACUAUCCUUGCUUGAGAGGGAUGCACCAAAGUCUGGAAUCAUAUUUGUUGCUGAACAGUCUGAGAGAUCAAAGAAGGCUGGAAAUCCUCCGUCAACCACCAUCGUUGCUGAGUUCUUGAGAAAUGCAUAUAAGGGAAGCCUAGAUGUGCUGCUGCUGGAAGAAGAUAUGAACUUCAAUGCUCGAGCUGCCUCGUUCUCUGAAGUGAAGGGGAGAGGAUUCCUGCUGGUUUCAACAGACAUAGCAAGCAGAGGGUUUGACCUUCCUCAAACCAGCCACAUAUACAACUUCGACCUUCCUAAGACGGCGACCGACUAUCUGCACCGUGCUGGAAGAACCGGGAGAGAACCAUUCUCCAGGUUGGAAUGCGGCGUGGCAACCCUUAUAACAGAGGAAGAGCACUUCGUGCUACAGAGAUUUCAGAAUGAGCUCAAGUUCCACUGUGAAGAGCUGCCCCUUGAGUCAAUGUUUACGUUCUCUUGA